CGGCUGGCGUGUCUGCACUUGCUGCUCCCACAAAAUGAGCAUCUCCCUCACUGUAUUUAUUGAGGAAGAUUUAGUCCAGAAUUCACUCUUCCUGCGUCCUCCCCCCUUUACAACAUACACCUUCAUCUCUUCGUUUCUCUGUCACUGAGCAUCAUUCAGAAAUGCACAGAUCUGUGAAUUGUUCCCUGAUCUCCAAUCAGGGGAGUGUUACAGGUCCUCUGCCGGUGGGAGGGAGCAGUCCGACAAAAAUCUGAAGACCCAACACUUCUCGGGAGCGGUGAGGAGCAGGCUGGCAAGCCACGAAACAUUGGCGCUGAAUGGAUGUCUUAAUAAGCUUUUAGCUGUGAUUUGGCUGGCGUCGGCAGAGGAGACUAAGGGGGAAAAGGCUGCAAACAUUGUACUGUAAAUCACUGCAGACCCACUGGCAGUGACAGUCCUAGGAAGCUAAUGAUCUCGCCAGGAAAGAAUUAACCGCAGUUGUCCAGAAGCAGAACAUGAUGUAGGACAGGGAGGACAGACCCCUGGAUGUGUCAAAGAUGGCAUAGGAAUAAAUCGCCUUCCAAUGACUGAGAGCAUCUUUAUCUGUGGGUGCCAGCCCAAGCCAGUGGCUUUGUGUUGAGCUGAAGGAACUUGUCCACGGCUUUCCCGAAAACCUCUUUCUCUCAAUUCAUGAGCCAGCAGGAUGCGGUCGCUGCACUUUCGGAACGCCUUCUCAUAGCUGCUUACAAAGGCCAAGCGGAGAAUGUGGUUCAGCUCAUCAACAAGGGCGCCAAGGUAGCGGUUACCAAGCAUGGCCGGACUCCCCUGCACCUUGCUGCCAAUAAGGGCCAUCUUUUUGUGGUUCAAAUCUUGCUGAAGGCUGGCUGUGACCUGGAUGUUCAGGAUGAUGGGGACCAGACUGCCUUGCACCGGGCCGCAGUGGUGGGCAACACCGAGAUCAUUGCAGCACUCAUCCAAGAGGGAUGUGCCCUGGACAGACAAGACAAGGAUGGGAACACCGCCCUGCAUGAAGCAUCCUGGCAUGGUUUCAGCCAGUCAGCCAAGCUGCUCGUUAAAGCAGGAGCCAAUGUGCUUGCCAGGAACAAGGCAGGGAACACGGCUCUGCACCUGGCCUGCCAGAACAACCACUCUCAGAGCACACGCAUCCUCCUGCUGGGUGGCUCGCGUGCUGACCUCAAAAAUAAUGCAGGAGACACCUGUCUGCACGUCGCUGCGCGCUAUAAUCACUUGUCCAUCAUUAGGCUCCUCCUCAGUGCUUUCUGUUCUGUCCAUGAAAAGAACCAGGCUGGAGACACAGCCCUUCAUGUUGCUGCUGCUCUAAAUCACAAGAAGGUGGUUAAAAUCCUACUGGAAGCUGGAGCAGACGGGACCAUUGUGAAUAAUGCAGGCCAGACUCCGCUGGAGACUGCCCGCUACCACAACAAUCCAGAAGUCGCUCUUCUCCUCACUAAAGCUCCCCAGGUCUUGCGCUUCAGUCGAGGGCGAAGCCUGAGGAAAAGGAGAGAGAGGCUCAAGGAGGAAAGGAGGGCGCAGUCUGUACCGAGAGAGGAGGUGGCACAAAGCAAGGGAAGUGUCUCAGCAGGAGACACCCCCAGCAGCGAACAGGCUGUAGUCAGCAAAGAGGAAGACAAAGAAGACUUUCUGUCAGCCUCCCCAGAGCCCAGAGCAAAGGAUAACAGGAGGAGAAAGUCAAGGCCCAAGGUGUCAGCAUUGUCUGACCUCACCCCACCUGCAGACCAACAGCCUGGACCCCAGAAGGACUCACAUGCUCAUCAUCACCCUAAAAAGAAGAGCAGGCAUCGGUGCUUGUCUCCACCACCACCCCAUGAGUUCAGAGCAUACCAGCUGUACACGCUGUACCGGGGCAAGGAUGGGAAAGUGAUGCAGGCACCAAUAAAUGGUUGUCGGUGUGAACCUCUAAUCAACAAGCUGGAGAAUCAGUUGGAGGCAACUGUGGAGGAGAUAAAAGCAGAGCUGGGAUCAGUUCAGGAUAAAAUGAAUACAAAGUUGGGGCAUAUGGAGAAUAAGACCCAGCAUCAAAUUCGUGUUUUGGACAAGCUGAUGGUUGAGCGGCUCUCAGCAGAGAGGACAGAAUGCUUGAACCGCCUGCAACAGCACUCAGAUGCUGAGAAACAUGAAGGAGAAAAACGUCAGACGUCCUUGGUGGAUGAGUUAAAAACUUGGUGCAUGCUGAAGAUUCAGAAUCUAGAGCUGAAGCUUUCUGGGGACUCCAGGGCCUCCAGGGCUAAAUCCACACCAUCUACUUGUGAAUCUUCUACAGGUGUGGAUCAAUCAGUGGUGACAGCGGGCCCAGCAGCAGCCUCUGACAGUUCUUCACAAGUGGUUAGGCCCAAGGAAAAGGCCUCCAACACUACUACUACCCACAGACUCCAGCAGGAGCUGUCUUCCUCUGACUGUACAGGCUCCCGACUAAGGAAUGUCAAGGUCCAGACAGCCCAGCUGCCCUUGAGUGACGCAGCCAAAUGUGACCAGCAGGCUGGGCCAUGUGUCAACAGAGGUACUCAAACCAAGAAGUCUGGGAAGUGUGGGCAGACAAGGCAUCGGGCCCAGCAGUCCAGUGGCACCUGUGGGCGGCCAGCAGCAGGCAAUGAGCAGGCUGCCCCUCAUGUCCGAGACACCUCUCAAGCCCUGGAGCUUACUCAGUAUUUUUUUGAAGCUGUUUCUACCCAGAUGGAAAAGUGGUAUGAAAGGAAGAUUGAAGAAGCACGAAGUCAAGCCAAUCAGAAAGCCCAGCAUGACAAGGCCACACUCAAGGAACAUAUUAAAAGUUUGGAAGAGGAACUUGCUAAACUAAGGACUAAGGUGCAGAAGGAAAAUUAGGACAUGAAGAAUAGAACAAGAGAAUUCUUGAGGAUUUCUAGCUUUGCAACUGAAGAAUAGCUAUGGCUAAGAGCCAGGGAUUUAGCUCAGUGGUGCCACUGCCUGCCUCGCAAAUGCAGGGUCCCAAGUUCGAUGUCUGGUACAAAACAAAACAAAACAAAAAACUACGGCUAGAAGUGGAUUAUUGUACAUGUAACAGGAUAUGCCUUUAAAAAAAAUCAUUAAUUUCUAAAAUGAGUCACACACGUGCGUCACAGACCCUGAAGUUACAGAGAAGAGACUUCAACAAUUAAGCUGAAACCAGGGGAAGCUUGCUAUUUCAGAUUUCAAUACAAGCCGUAAACCUCAGUCCAGAUUCAUCUGAAGUUCAAAAGUUCAGAUUAAGCAAGCCAAGCUAAGAAACAGAAUAAUGUCUGAACCUAAAUGCUUAAAUUCAAGAUGUGUGAAAUUAUAAAUCAAAAGCAAGAAAAUUAAAUCCUUGUAUACUCAGUCGUUCAUUGAAUACACCUGCUGUGCCUAGACAAGCGUGUCUUUAUAAGAGAAGUGUAACUCUGAGAUGUGCUCAAACCUCUUUGUCAGACCCCAAUCCUCAAAAUGGUGUUUUAAGCAGGUGAAAUUUUACCAAACAGAUUUUAAGGGGAAAAGGCUUUUUAUCAUGUCAUAAGAUCCAGUGUAUCUUAAUUUUUUGAAAUGUCAAGAGAUUAAAUGACGAGUAAUUGGCUAACAGGACUGGAAAUGUUAAAUUAGCUCAACUGAGAAAAUUUCAAAUGACUUCAUCAUGGUUACUGUAUUUUCAGCCAAAAAAAUCAAUCAUAGCAGAUUAAUGGAAAGAACAUUCAUGUAACAAGUACCUGAAACUACUAUAAUCUCAUAAACCCAAUUACCUUAGAGUACCUUUCUGAAUAAGAUUGAUCUACACUUUAUUUUUUUAAAAAAGAGUAUUGAAGUAUUUCAUUUUAAAUUGAACUCUAUCAUUGAGGAACCUCAAACUUUCUGCAGGUUUGCAAUGUGUUUAUGGAGUUUAUGCCAGUGACUAGCUUUAGAUACUGCUACUACCAGCUUGAUGGAGCCCUUAAGGCUUUAAUCUGGUAGUAAUGAAAUGAACACAGGGAAAGGCUGUCAAAGCAGCUUGGUUAUGCUGAAACUCUGGAUUUUUCAAGCUUUUUGUCCUUUGAAAUCUGAGAUUAAACCAAUCUCAAAAUUCCACAUAUGCUAGAAACUUUGUUUCUAUAAACCCAGGAAUCUAGUAACUAUUGGCCAUAAUGUGAAUAAAAUACUGCCCAUUGAGCCAAAGAAGAGUGUCUCGUUGACACGGUGACACCCUGAAAAACAGUACGCUUUUAGUCCCUUUAUCAAGCUCACAUUUUUUUUUUCUGAUAGUAGCAAUCUACAGAUAUAAACAUUCCUUAAAACAUAAUUCAGGAUCCCUGUUAGAGCUGAAGAUGGAAUGCAUGUGCUCUCAGGUUGAUGUCAUGUGCCCUGCGCUGUGUUUCUCAGAUCCACGGGAGGGAAGUCUUCCCCAGACACUCACUGGCUUGAUCAUCUAGGGGUUGUUCACUCUUAUCAUGUCACUGUCUAUUUCUAAUGUAGAAUCACAAUUUUGUAGAGCUACACAGUAUCUAUGUUCAGUUUUCUAAAUCUAUUCCUAAGAUAUCAAAAACUUCUGGAGGAUCAUUCCUCAAUAUAUACUGAUCUACCGGGACCUGCCUAAUGCACAGAGAUAAAAUGCUGAGUUUUUAAGCCAUGCCCCAAGCAGGUGUUAUUUUCACUUAUUAGAACAUUUUCUUUCUUCAAGGUUUCCUCAUAAAAUGCUGAAAACAAUUUUACCCAAACCAUCAAGUCAACGAUAAAGUGCUUUGGUGGGAGUAUUUCGGUUAUAUACCUCUUGGCCACUAGAAGUAGGCAGCUUAAUCACUGUGAACUGGGUAUUUCUGUCAAAAGUCACAGCUAGGGAAGAGAUUAGAGAGGAAUUAGGUCAAAUGACCUAGUACAACAGUCUACAAGGAUGUCUCUUGGUGCUCUGUCACAGAAGAGAAAACAGAAGCAGGAAACAGAACAGUCAAUCAGCUUUCUACUCAGUGGGCUGAAGUGUCAGUGAAGACUAAUACAAUUGUGUUGCAAUUUCAACAAUUCUUGUCAGGUCUUUUUUGCUCCUUAGCAUUGUGAAAACAACUGCAGGUCUAGUGUGUAUCUUUCCGUAUCUUGCCCUUGAGCUAUCUGCUACAAUGAGUAAAUGCUCCAACUUUUCUUCUCUGAAGAAACAGCUAUUAGAAAUUUAUAGCUUGCCGCAUAAGUUGUAUUUCAAUUUGAAGCUCACACUUUCAAUACCUGUGGGUAAAAGUGAUAUAAAACAGAAAAAGGCUGUACAAUAUUACAAUGUUUUAAAAUUGUCAGUACAUUAUUGCAUUGUGUAUACUAAAUACAUGUGAUAAACUGAAUGUUAGUUCUAAUCUCACUUCUGACUUUGGGAGCCCAAAAUAAAGGAAAUGAUAUUUUUAUGUUUAUACUUCUUUUUUGAGUCAAAUGUUGAUAUAUUGAGAAGCAUGUUCCUUGUCUUCCACUUAAUAUUUUUAUCACCUUGAAUUUGUGUCUCCUCCAAGUAUUAAACGUUGUUCCCGAUAUUACAGACCUUAAACUCAUUAAAAAAUGAAAAUGUGACCACCUUGUUUAGCCUACGUUU